AUGUCUGAAACCGACCUCUCUCCCAUAUCUCACGUGAUCUCACGUGUCACCACACCUUCUUCCCCGAAGGUUCCAUCUUCAAACAAUGUCACGAAGGUUAAACUCAGAAGAAAAACCAAUGAUCUUGAUGGAGCAUAUGAUCACGAGAUAUCGUCUUCGGCCAGUCCUUAUUACAAGGGCCUCCUUUAUCAACCUAUCGUUAUCGACGACGAAUAUAUUUCGCCGAAUCAUCAUCAUCAUCAGAACCAUGAUCUGAACAGUGGCCAUAGUAAUUCUGGGGUUCCGGCGACUUCUGGAUCUAGUCCAUACUACAAAGGGCUUACAGAUUUUUCACUGGUUAUUCAUGGAGGACGGCACCUACAAUCGCAUGAUGAUUAUGGCUAUGGAAUUCAUGAGGUUGAAGCAGCGUACGAGUGUAAUCCUUAUUUCAGAGGCCUCCUCACUGAUAGCUCUCUGGCUAUGGCGAUUCGUAAACCUGACGGAGGAGGAGGAGGAGCAUCGUGUGGGCAUGGUGGUGUUAUGCUACCUUUUGGGUUCAGCAUGAAUUUAUGCUUAGGCGGUAAGGAUGAUAUUUUGAACGACAUCACAGCUCAGAUGGAGUCGGAAAGGCAGCGUACUUUAUCGUCGUUAUCGCCACCGGCGCCCAUACCGUUAACGCAGCCUUCGUUACCACUAUCAGCACCGCCCCCGUCUGUGAUUCCAUCCAAAGGGACGACUUCUUUAAGUACGGAGCUGAAAGUAGAAGAUGGGAAGCCUAUGGGCGGAGGAGAAUCAGAAGAAACUGCCCAUGAGGAAAAAGCUGUGGAUAUUAAGAAUAAUAAGGAGGAGGCCAUGAAUGAAUCUGGUUUACCAAAUGAGGAGGUAAUAAAGAAGAAGAAGUCCUUGAGAGAGAGUGUUUCCAAUAUUUCUGAACAAACAGCGUCUGCAUCAUCAUCAUCAUCAGAAUCUGAAUCUUCAAGUAAUAAAGAUGUUCCCCAGGAGAUUAAAGUAGAAGAAGAAGAAGAAGGAAGCUUGAAAGAAUAUGUGUGGGCUAACAAGUAUCAACCCAAGGCAUUGCAACAAUUUAUCUGCCACAAACAGAUUGUUUCUCAGCUAUUAACGAUGGUAAAAGAGGGAUCUUCUUGUGACCAUUUUAUUUUUGAAGGACCACCUGGUGUAGGAAAAAGAACCAUGAUACGAGCUCUACUUCGAGAGGUCUUUGGCAACGACGUUGUUAAGGUGACUGAGGAAUAUAGAACAGUUUUAUUAAAGGGAGAGGUGAUAGGAAGCAUCCAAGUGCCAAUAAUAAAAUCAGGACAUCAUAUGGAAGUCAAUAUCUCGCAAACAAAAGGCUAUGAAGAGCAUGUGGUUGCUUAUUUAUUACGAGAAACUUACGACAAGACCAUCAACACUUCAAUGCCUUGCGUGCCAGAAAACUGCCAAGCCCUAAUAAUAUACGAGGCAGAGACACUAUCAACAGAAUCGUUGUUGUACAUAAAGUGGAUGAUUGGAAGAUAUAAUAAAGGUUGCAAUAAAGUCUUCUUUUGCUGCUCUGAUGGAUCCAAGCUCCAAACUCUCAAACCUCUCUGCAAAACCUUUCGUCUUUCUCCUCCUUCCACUCAAGAGAUUGUUGAGGUUUUGAAAUACAUAGGGAAAGAAGAAAGGAAAGAAUUGCCCCUUGAAUUCCUUACCAAGGUUGUUGAGAAGUCAAAGAACAAUCUUCGUCAGGCCAUUCGUUCUUUGGAGGCCACUUGCCAGAACAAGGAUUCAAUCAAAGAUGACGAGCUAAUUUUAACAGGAUGGGAAGAUGACAUCUCAAAUAUUGCUAAGAGUAUACUUAAAGAGCAAAGUCCAAAACAGCUAUACAUGAUUCAUGUGAAGCUCGAAAGUCUCAUGAUUCACAAGGUUUCACCUGACUUUGUUUACAAGUACUUGGUAUCAGAGCUAAAAUCUCUGGUGGAUGAAUCACUAAGACCAGGGCUUGAAAAACUCAAGAAGGAGUACAAACAUAAUGCUUAUGGAAUGAAGAUGAGAAGUGGGAAGCAUUCUGGUCAUGCUCACAACAAAGUAAGGGAAUCUGAUGAAAGGAACAAUGCAACACUCAAGAAGAAUGCUCGCACUUACUUGGAAGUUGAAGAAUUCAUAGCAAAAUUCAUGAGCUGGUACAAGAAUUCUGCUGCAAAAAGUGACAAUGCGUAA